GAAGGACUUAUUGCUCAUCUUUACAGGAAAAAGUUGGGAGUACUUAAGUAAAGUGGGCUUUUAUCUGCAUUUCCCUUCUCACAUCUUAAACGUAUCGUGUGGUUUACAUAAGUUAUUUGUUAGAUACUAUAUUAUUUAAUUCAUUCAGUUUAAUAUGGCUUGCGAAGGUUCGCAAGAUGAUCAGAUUGGAGAAGCCCUCUUAAAAGGGGUGAUAAGACAUCAGUUGAUGAACGUGGCAACAGAAGGAAAUGUGACUCCCAUCUCCAUUCUCGAAGUUCGGAAAAUAAGUAACAUUCAAGACCAGAAGCUUGUUGAACAAUUGGCAGAGACCAUCAAAGUGAUCGGUGACAAACUUGAUCAGGAUACAGAAUUUAAUGAUAUGUUUGAUGGCUUAGUUAAAGUUUCUGAUAAAAGCAGUUUCUGGAAACUUGUGGAAGAAGUUUUUAAAGAUGGACAGAUCAACUGGGGAAGAAUUGUAGUGCUGUUCUACUCAGUUGGAAAACUUGCUGCAAAGAUGGUCCUUGCACAUUUACCCAGAGUUGUUUCUGAUAUUCUGACUUUAAGUCUGGAUUACUUCAGGAGGCAUCUGUUGGAUUGGAUCUGCAAAAUGGGAGGAUGGAUAAACAGUAUCCCCGCCCUUGCCCGUUUCUCCAUCGAGCGGUUUUCUGGUUCUUCGCCGAGUUCUUGUUCUUUAAUUUUUGGAGCUUUCAUGACCUUCACCAGUGGUGCACUUCUUGGAGCUCUUAUCGUCUGGAGACUUCACAAAACCAGUUAAGAUAAAAAGAAUGGAGCAAUCACAGCAGAAAAAUCAUUAAGACCAUAUAUGUUAUGAAUUUUAAUUAAGAUGAUUUGCAGUGUGAUCUUGUAAUACAUAUCUUCAUAUAAAUGCAGAAAAAUGCUCAUAUCAUUUUGUAUGUAUUUAUGUUAUUUUUGUAAAACAUUUAAUCUGGUUGUGAUAUAUAAGUGUGGAUCGUUUGAAUCAGGACAGAGUAGUUGACAUAGGCAUACUUAAGAGAAAAAUAUUUUUAUGAAGCUUUUUAUAUUAAAAUGUGUAUGAUCAUUCAUUAGUUUUUUUGUGUGCUUUUCUUUCUAUGUAGUCACCAAAAAAUGUUUGAGCUUUGCCUCCGGAGAUCUAGGCCUUUUGUAAGAUUUUAUUAGAGCUGUUAUUGACACGGUUAUGGACUUUGUAAUAUUGUCUUUUCUGUAUAUGGAAUGUGUAUAUCAUUCACAGUGCUGUAUUGAUUUACUUUUAGUGAAUACAAAUCCACACAAAAUAGAAUAUUAGCAAAUCCUGUAAACUUUGAGAUUCUAGAUAAUAAUAGAUGACAAUAAUAACCUAUUUAUGAAUAAUGUCUGGGAGCAAGGCAAAGCACGAUUUUUUGUUGUUGCCAAAAAACAACUGUUAAUACUGCUUCCUGUUUGUGUUUUUCCUUGUGUGUGUGUGUGACCUAAGUGGUGCAUAUUUGUGGUAGCGGAAACCAUAUAGUAUAAGGAAAUAACAAAUGACUAUAUGUGCCUUUAUACGAAGCAAAAAGUAGCGUCAUGUUUCACUUUCGCUUAGCAUGACGCUAACAGUCAAGAUACUGUGCCGGAACUUUAAUCUUUCAGCUAGACUCUAGACUUACUAAGCCUUACUCUUGAAACUCUCUAAAAAAUUAUUUGUGUAUGUUUAGGUUGUGGCCUAUUGAGGUUUCUACAGGACCAAUAUAUAUAUUGAUUUCUAAACCAGAAGACCAAGGAGGGAAAUAACUUACUGGGGUCAUGACAGGUAACGUUAGGAUAACGUUGACUUGUUCGUCUCUAAAUACCGAAACCAUUAUUUCUUAUGUAAAGUAUUCUAAAAAUCAAGUAGUGAUAUUUUCUUUGGCAUGUUUUAGACAAGCAAUUUUCAAAGAAUCUUGUACUUAGGUAAGUUUCACUUCCUUUCUCCGCAUCGCAAUGUUGUUUACUUUGACAGUUUGGUUCCUCGUCACUUAAACUGAUUUCUGCUUAAAGUAUUUAUUUAUUUUUAGUAAUUCUGUUUUUUUCUAUUAUUAAAAUGAAAGAUGUCGCUAUUUGUGUAUAGGGCAAUGCGGGAUCAGGUCCAGAGGCAGGGGGUGCAUGUACAGCCUCUUCCAGAGCCGCAGCCGAUGAAUGAUGAGCAGGAGCAACUACUUGUACAGAUGGCCGAAGUCAUCCGGUUCAUCGGGGACGAUCUCGAUCGGGACCCAAAAUUCAAUAACAUGGUUGAUGGAUUUGCACGUGUUGCUGACAGAAAGAAAUUCCAGAAACUUGUAGAUCAAGUUUUCAGUAAUGACAUUACCUGGGGAAGAAUUGUUACUCUGAUCUGUCUUGUUUCAAAAUCUAUUGUAAAGAUGCUUGUUGAUUUAGUCUCAGGAAUUGUGUCUUGGACAUUGGAUUACUUCAAUGACAGGCUACUGCACUGGAUCUGCAAUCACGGAGGAUGGGUAAAUAGUAUCUCUUCCUUGGCUUGUUACUCUUUUGAGAGAGAUGCUGCAUCCUCAGACAGCUUGAUCUCACCUGCUUCUGGACUUUUUUUUGUCAGUGGACUUCUGCUAGGUGGAUACAUCGUCUGGAGAAUGAACAGAUGUGCAUGAGGGUGGUUAAUAGAGGAAUGUAAGGGCUGCUAAAGGAUGCACAAAGUUAAAGACCAAAAUAAUGCAAAUUUAGUUUGGAGACCAAAAACAGACACACAUUUACAAACGACAUAAUAGUAGUGUAUAUAUAUGAAAUUAUUUGCAAUUGGAAAAGCUGUAUAUUGUAUCUGAAAAGAUGAAAAGUAUAUCUUACAUAUUGAGUUUUUUUCUGAUCAGAUAAGAACUACAAGAAAUGGUUCUUUGUUUCUGUGAGUCAGUGCAGAAGAAAAACUUAAAUAAUUGAUAAUUUUUUCUUGCAGACUUCAAAAUUUAAAGUACUUGGCAGCAAAACCUAAAAUGUCAUGAAGUGUAGUACGAAGACUGUUUACUGUAAUGUUGGUGGCUGUUGUCUGCAUGCCUAACUUUCCUACCUCAUCCCACUGACUUUAAAUCCUUGAAUUUUGAAGAACAACGUCAAUUAAAAAAAAGAAAACUG